CGCGACGUUCGUUUUCUACCGCACAUAAAAUAACGCUGUCAGCCGCUGAAGUCGACGGACGCAGCUCGGUGCAAUUGGUGAAUGAAAAAUUGCCAUUUUUUUCUCAUUACUUCAAUUUUGACAGUACCUACAAUAGUUCUGCGGUUUACAAAAGUGCACUAACAGUGGAAUCCUGUCGCGAUGGCCGAAAUCAACACGGAAGAUUUCAUCGAGGAAAUUCGGAAGCGAAGAGCCAUCUGGGACUUAUCGGGAGAGGAGCACCGGGACCGAACUAUGCGGUCUCGCCAAUGGGAGGAAGUGUGCAUUAGCAUGGUUCCAAACUUCAGUCAGCUGUCCAUCAGGCAAAGGAUGGGAAUAGUUAUCGACCUUCAGAAAAAGUGGAAGCACAUACGAGAUGCUCUCAUAAAAUCGCUGCGGUGUCGUCGCAAAAGACUGAAACCCUAUAUUUACGAAAAGAAUCUUGAGUUUCUGAACACGUCGGCCAAGGUUUUCCCCGACAAUUCGUUGAUCGAUUUGCCGAACUAUGAAAUAGUGGAAAGUGUUUCCGAAGAUGGUUCUGAUAAUAACAGUAUUGCCAGUGAUUCUGAGCCAAAUGACACUUCGCACAUUGCUGAUUCGAAAAUUGAAAUGAUUACAGCAAACGGAAACUAUUCGGAUUAUUACAAUGGACUAAAGUAUUCACCAGCAACGCAACCCCAGAAGGAACACAAAACAGAGGACGAAAGUGGAGACAUGCUAUUUUUUCGGUCCUUGCUUCCGCUAGUGGAACCACUUUCGGUGCGUCAGAAAAUCAAAUUUCGAAUGGAAGUAAUGAAAAAGGCGUUGGAAAUUUCCGAAGAGAAUGCGGCCCAAGCGGAACCUUACGAAACGUUUGUGGUGACUCAUGAUCCCUCCACAUCCGGUGCCACCGAGGUAGUCACCCAGUGUCCGGUUCCGGUUAGCACAAACGGCGGUAGCAGUCCACCUCGGAAACAUCUCAAGAGAGAAGCAUGUGAUAUCAGUGAUGAUUUUAAUGGUGGUGUAGCUUAAAUGUCAUCAUUCUAUUUAUUUGAUUCCAUUAAAUAAAUUAUUGUAACACAAUCGCAAUAUAUUAUUAAAAAUUA